AUGCUAAGUGCUGUGUACGGCACCCUCUUAACCCCCUCUAUGGUUUCCAAGUGGAGUGAAGAUGAGGAUGGGAAGUGCAAGCUAUGUGAGGAGAGGAUGGGCAACAUUCAGCACAUUUUGGCUGGGUGUAAGGUGGCCCUUAGUCAAGGAAUGUAUAGAUGGCGGCACGACAAGGUUCUGAAGCAGAUCUCUGAACAGGUUGUCUUCCAUUGUGAUCGCCGAGUGAACAAGGCCGGCGAUGGAAGACAGUUCAUUGAUUUUGUUCCUGCUGGGAGGAGGAAAGCAGAGCGGAUCGCUGAAUCGCACGAGUACAAACUCUACCGAUACAGCGGUCUGCAGGCUGAGAUUCAGGCGAAAGGUUGGUGCUGUUAUAAUGCCGCAGUCGAAGUUGGAGCUAGGGGAGUGGUGGCGCAGAGUUUGGAGAGAGCUGCGAGGAGGAUUGGUUUUAGGGGAAGAGAGCUGAAGAAGCUGGUACGGGACAGUAGGAAAGAGGCAGCCCACUGUUCCAGAUGGAUCUACUUGUUGUCGGGGAGGAAAGAGUGGGAGUUCCGGAAGGUUGGAGCUUGA